UCAUCUUGGACAGUCUGUUGUGGGAGAGUGCGACAACGAUGGAUGUUCGCGGUGAUGGGAUGCUUGGCGAUAACAGUGGCGUACGCGAUGCGAAUUUGCCUGUCACUUGCCAUCACGCAGAUGGUGACAACCGCCGAAUCAUCUUCGAACAGCACUACAGACGGAGAUACUUGUUCGGGAACUCUUUCCGCUUCGUCGAAUAGCGCCAGCAGCGAAACUUACGACUGGGACGAAUACACGCAGGGAAUCAUUCUGUCGAGUUUCUACUGGGGUUACAUAGUAUCCCAAGUACCAGGAGGCAUCAUGGCGGAUAAAUUCGGAGGAAAAUAUACCCUGAGUGCUGGAAUCCUGUCAUCGACGACGUUCACCCUGCUGACACCAUUGGUGGUGAAUAAAUUCGACUCGACGGGGUUGAUAGUUCUCAGAAUCCUGAUGGGAUUCGGAGAAGGAGCGACGUUCCCGGCGCUGAACGUGCUCAUAGCGGAAUGGGCGCCACCGCAGGAAAGGUCGAAGAUCGGAACGAUGGUGAUGACGGGAACGCAAAUCGGAACGAUCCUGGGAACGGCACUGUCUGGAAUCCUGCUCGAGUACUCGCCAAUCGGAUGGCCGCUGGUCUUCUACGUUAUCGGAAGUAUCAGCGGCUUUUGGCUGCUCAAUUGGAUUCUCUUCUUCCACAGCAACCCGAACGUCCAUCCGUACAUCAGCGAAGCCGAGAAAAAGUACAUCCAGGACAAGAUAAGCGAGAACACGAGGAAGCACACCCAGCCGAUCCCUUGGCGUCACAUAGCAACCUCCUUCCCGGUCUACGCUCUUCUCGUCGGCCAGUUCGGUCACGAUUGGGGCUUCUUCACGAUGAUGACCGACCUUCCAAAGUACAUGAGUGCCGUCCUCAAGUUCUCCAUAUCCUCGAACGGCCUCCUGAACGCUCUGCCCUACGCGGUAAUGUGGAUCGUUAGCAAUAUAUCAUCCAUCUUUGCCGACUGGCUCAUAAAACACGACGUGAUGUCGAUCACCAAAGUCCGCAAGGCGUUUACCACUCUCGGGUUCGUCGUACCGGCAAUAUUCCUCAUCGCCGCUUCCUUUGCCGGUUGCAACCGAGUCCUCGUCGUCGUUCUCUUCGUCAUUGGUAUAAGCUUAAUGGGACCGGUCUACCCUGGGUUGGUGGUCAACGCCGUUGACCUCAGUCCCAACUACUCGGGCACGUUGAUGGCGAUGAUGACCGCCGCCGGUGCCCUGGCUGGAAUAUUGGGGCCCUACGUGGUCGGGGUACUCACUCCCAAUCAGACCGUGACCGAGUGGCGAAUGGUGUUCUGGAUCGCCUUUAUCGUGCUCUUGGUGACAAAUGUCGGUAUUUUGUUCUUGCAGCGAGGUGAUGUCCAAUACUGGAAUGACCUCGAGAACAACGGUCAAGGUAGCAAGGACUUUGAGCACAGAGUGAAGUCCAGUGGAUGCGAUAAUAGUCAGAAGGACAAGGCUACCACGUAG